UUAUAUUCCCACAGGGAAGUUUCUCCGUUGCCUGGAAGUCCCUGGGAAAGGGGUGAGAAGGGAUCAAAUCAGCUGGAGACCCUGCCUUGAGGGGGAGAAGCCAUCCUGCACCCUCCUCCCCGGCCCGAUGGCAGCCCCCACCCCGCAGCCAUCUCUCCCCGGCUGCAUCCGGGUCUGGGUAGGGGGACGCCUCUUUGUAGCUGACAAGGCCUUGUUGGUGGAAAACAGCGACUUCUUCCGGGGCUUGUUCCGGUCGGGGAUGCAGGAGGCCAGCCGAGGUGAGAUCCACCUCGGGGUGCUGAGUGCCGGUGGCUUCCAGACGACCCUAGAGGUCCUGGGGGGUCAGCGGCCAGCCUUGGGGGGCGAGGAGGAGUUGUUUGAAGCCGUGGAAUGUGCUGCCUUCCUGCAGGCCCCCCCAUUGGCCCACUACCUCAGCCACAGCGUCACCUCGGACAACUGCGUGGUCUUGUGUGAAGCCGCCUCCGCCUUUGGCCUGUGGGAGGUGCUCCAAGGGGCGGCACUCUUCAUUCGCGACGGUCCCCCGGAGCUGACCAACGAACUGUCCCCGGAGGUGCGGUCGUAUGUGGAGGCCCUGAGGCCCAGCAGCUUCGUGGCCGUGGGCACUCACACUCCCACCCCCCAGUACCUGGAGGAUGCCACCCGGACCCUGUGCUACCUGGACGAGAAGGACGACGUGUGGCGGACUCUGUCGUCCCUGCCCGUGGAGGCCAGCACCUUGCUGGCCGGAGUCACCACCCUGGAGAACAAGCUGUACAUCGUGGGGGGCGUCCGGGGGGCCAACAAGGAAGUCGUGGAGCCGGGUUUCUGCUACGACGCAGACCGGGGGACCUGGCAUGAGUUCCCCAGCCCCCACCAGGCUCGCUAUGACGUGGCUCUGGUGGGCUACGAGGGCAGCCUCUACGCUAUCGGCGGAGAGUUCCAGAGGGUGCCCCUGAGGUCAGUGGAGAGGUACGACUUUGCCUCUGGCUGCUGGACCUUCAUAGCAGACAUCCCCCAGCCCGCCGCCGGCGUCCCUUGUGCCCAAGCCCUCGGCCGUCUCUUCAUCUGUCUGUGGCAGCCCGCCGACACCACCGCGGUGUACGAGUAUAAGCCCGGGGCUGACUCCUGGCUUCCCGUGGCCUCCCUUAGGAGGCCUCAGAGCUACGGCCACUGCAUGGUGGCCCAUCGAGACAGCCUCUACGUGGUCCGUAACGGGCCCUCCGAUGACUUUCUUCACUGCGCCAUCGACUGCCUGAACCUGGCCACAGGGCAGUGGACGGCCCUCCCGGGCCAGUUCGUCAAUAGCAAGGGGGCGCUUUUUACGGCCGUGGUCAGAGGGGACACGGUCUACACGGUCAAUCGGAUGACCACGGUGCUCUACAGCGUGGGUGAUGGCUCCUGGCGACUGCUGAGGGAGAAGGCGGGUUUCCCCAGGCCGGGCUCGCUGCAAACCUUUCUUCUCCGGCUGCCCGAUGUGGCCUUGGCACCGGCAGUCUCCUCCCCAGAGCCCUGACAGGUCGGGGUUCAGAAGAAAUAGAUGGGACUGAACUCAGAGCAGGCGGGGGUGCUGGAGUCUGAGAAGGGGUCUGAGCUGACACUCAGGGACGCUCCUCCUUCUCUGCUGUGGCUCCGGGGGCUCCAGCUGCCAGCAAUGGAGUUUUUCUCUUUAUCUGGUUCCAUUGUGGCUCUUCUAGAUAGAUGCCAAGGCCCCUUGGGACCACCACUCUGCCUGCCCUGGGUCGGGCUGUAGAUGUUGGGUGACAUCCCCCUUCUCUCCUCAUGUGUCAUGUCUCCAAGUAGCCAACCAAGCUGGGAUGCAGAGGUUUACAGUCGUCUAUCUAGAGCCGGAGGACCUGAAUUCGAAUCCCACCCCCAGUGCUCCUUACCGUGGGACUCUGGGCGUCCCUUGGCAUCCAUUUCCUCAUUUACAAAGAUGAUCUCUGAAGAUGCUUUCAGCUCUACAUUUAGGAACGUUUGGAGCAUCAUUGACUUACCUUCCAGCAUAAAGGGAUGAUGGAGUGGAUUAGAUGAUCGCUGGAGUCCCCUUACUUUUGGUCUACUGGACAAGUUCCUUGCCGUAGCUGGGGAUGGCUGCUGGGAUGAAGUGUGGGGCUCAGACGUGCUUGGGAAGGCAAUUGAGUGCCUCAUGCUAAAUCAGUCAUUUAUGGAGCACCUACUGCAGGCAUAGUGCCAAAUUAGAUGCUCUGAGAGCUACCGGGGAUGGAGAGGAUAUUUCCUGACCACAGAAGCUUACCAUCUAGGAGAGGAGACAAAACUAACAUUAAACAGCUGGAGGAGGAUGCAAGACCAUAUCCAGUUAAGCACUGAAUCCCCUCAUAGGGAGAAGAGCUGAGUUCUGAGGAAAAGGAGUGGGCAAGGAGGAUUUCCUGGGGGUGUUAGGACAGAGGAUGGAGGUGUGGGAAUGACUAGAAAGAAGGCACCCAUCAGAGGUAGGAACGAGUCUGCUGUGCUAAUCCAGAGAGUUUGUUAAAUAAUCACACAAACUCUUCCCAGCUUCUCUUCCCCUGAGAUCCAGAUGUUCAGUGUCUUCUCACUGCCCUGUUAGGAAGGCAAAGAGGGCUCUGAGCAUCCUUGGGCAGGCUCUAGACCAGGGAUCUUUAGUCUUGAAAGAUGUUUUCUUCCAUUGGCUAUAAAGUCACCCAAUAAUAAUAGCUACCAUUUAUAUAGGUCUUUGGUAACCUAAAGGUUGGUGCUAUUAUUUGUCAUGUCAACAAACAUUUAUUUAUCUUAAAUUAAGAAAUAAAAAAUCUUUACCUUCUAUUUUAGGAUUGAUACUAAGAGGGGACAGUUGGGUGGCUCAGUGGAUUGGGAGCCAGGUCUAGAGAGAGGAAGUCCUGGGUUCAAAUCUGGCCUCAGACACUUCCUAGCUGUGUGGCCCUGGGCAAGUCACUUCACCCCCAUUGUCUAGCCCUUACCACUAGCCUUAGAACCAAAUACACAGUAUUGAUUCUAAGACAGAAGGUAAGAAUUAAAAAAAAAUUUAUACUAAGAAUCAGUUCCAAGGCAGAAGAGUGAUAAGGGCUGGACAAUUGGGGUGAAGUGAUUUGCCCAGGUUCACACAGCUAGGAAAUGUCUGAGGUCAGAUUUGAACUCAGUACCUCCCUUCUUCUCUAGGCCUGGCUUUCAAUCCUCUGAGCCAUCUAGCUAUUCCCCAUUUAUUUAUUGAUUUAUGAAUAUUUUCCCAAUUACAUGUAAAAUAGUUUUUAAUAUUUUUUUAAAUUUUUGAGUUUCGAAUAUUCUCCCUCUCUCCCACUCCCCCUGCCACUUAGAUGGCAAUAUUUCCAUGUUAGUCAUUCAACAAACAUUUAUCAAGCACCUAUUGUGUUCCAGGACUGGGGCAGGAUUUGUACUCAAGUCUAUUUUUCUCUCCCUAGCACCAUCCAGCCACUUAAGCACAGACUCUUCUACCAUCAUCCUCUCUCCCAUUCCACCUCCUUCCCAGGCUCAUGGCUCAGACUCCUUUAUUGUCCUUGAUUUCUCCCCAGACAGAACUAGUGGUUUGCUGUUUGUUUUCCAAUCAUAUAGGGUCAAAGGCAAUGUUUACUCUUGUCCAUCCUCCUCUCUGUUCUCCGAGCCAUUGUGACAUAAACCUCCCGUGCCACCAGGCUGGGCUUCUGGCUGUCCUUGGGAUAAGCUGGGCUCAUUCCUCUUUCUGUGUCUUUAUUCCAGUCCACCCUGCCAUGAGACUCUUUCUCUCUACUCUCUCUCUCUGGCAUUGACUUCUUUUUUUUUUUUAACCCUUUUGUCUUAGAGUCAAUACUGGAUAUUGUUCUGAGGCAGAAGAGCAGUGCUGGGCAAUGGGGAUUAAGUGACUUGCCCACAGUCACACAGCUAGGAAGUGUCUGAGCCUAGAUUUGAACACAGGACCUCCCAUCCAUUCACUGAGCCACUUAGCUGUCCCCUUUAUCAUAGACUUUUAGGGCUGGAGGCAGACUUCAAGGAUCAUCUUAUCCAAUUCCCUUAUUCUGCCUAUGAGAAAACUGAAAGGGAAGUUAUUUGCCCAAGGUUAAACAGGUAGCAAGUGGUAAAUGAAUAAACCUGUACAAGGAUCAUUCACUAGAGUGGGAGGAGCUGGGUUCAGAUUCUGAUUUUUAUUUCCUGUGUGACUUUGGGCAAGCCACCAAACAUCUCUGUGCCUCAGUUUCCUCAUCUGUAAAAUGAGGAGGAUGGAAUAAAUAACCUCUGGAGUCUCUCCCUCCUUGCUAAGUCUAUGAUCUUGUGAAUUACAAGAGUCCCAGAAUCUGAUUCCUAGAAGCAGGAAACUGGAGGUCCCAGCCUCUGCCUCCAGCUGGUGAUUGCAUCAACCCCUGGGGAUCUGCAGAGGGCUGCUUUCCUGGCAGGAAGGAUUUUCUUCUUCCCUGAUGGGUUGCAACCCCUUCUGCCAGCAGCUUCUCUGGCUUCUGGCCCGCUGGAGAGCCAGCCUCAAUGGGUCUCUUCACUUCCAACCUGUCUGUGGCCAAAGUGAUGCUGCUACCUGGGUAGAGGGGAGGCACAGGCAGUCAGGAGUCAGGAAAUGAGAGGGAGGACUGAAAGUCACCCGAGAUUAACACCAAAUAAAAUUUAGGGGAAGUCUAGGGGAAGGCACCAGAAAAAGGAAAUGCUGAAUAAUCACCCCAAAGCAGAGAGAGAGAAAAAAAAAGGCCUUCAGAAUGCAAGGGCAUCUUUGGCCAAUGAAGAAAAGAUUGACACGUGUCACUUUUUGUGGUUUCCAAAUGCUUUCAUGUUUCAUUAUCUCAUUUGAUUUUUCCCACCCCAACAGACCAAUAGAGGCAAAAGGAUUUGACAAGUAGGGAAACUGAGGCAAAUGAGUGUCAAAAGAGAGGACUAGUAUUCAGUUUUUCUAAGAUACCUGUUUUUUUUUUAACCUUUACUUUCUCUCUUAGUAGCAAGUCUGAGGCAGAAGGGCAAGGGCUAGACAAACAGGGGUUAAGUGAUUUACCUAGCUAGGAAGUAUCUAAGACCAAAUUUGAACUCAGGUCCACCUGUCUCCAGCCUGGGCCUCUAUCCACUGUACUUCCUAGUUGACCCAUAGCUGAGAUUUCUUUACCUGGAGUCCAUUAACUUAUGUCUUAAAAAUAUGUUAAUAACUAUUUAAAUACAAAUGGUUUCCUUUGUGA